UGUGAAUUCAGUUUAUGUUUGCUUGUGGUCAGUUUAUGGAAUGCAAAAAUUAAUGGUGGACAGAACGUUGCACCACAGUUGUGCUCACGGCUGUGCCCUUGUGGUUUCCCUGUGGUCAGUAUUGCCGAGCAGACCGCUAUGGCAGACGUUGAGAAGGAACCACUAGACGGAAGCGAUGUGAGUUCAGGCGAAGAGAGUUCCACAGGAAGCAUCUCUGCAUCCAGUACUGCAGAAGAUAAUUCUACUAAAGAUGGUGGAGCCCAGGCAACUGCUGCAGAGAACGAAAGAGAGGAGGAAGGGGGCAUCCAGAGCCCCAUUGCAUCUGCAGCUGAUGACAGUGAGGAGGAAGGGGCUGUGCACAGUCCCCGGGAGCCUGUACCACAUCUUACGCUGACAGAAGACAUCAGUGAGGAUGCCUUAGAAGCAGCUCCACUUCCUCCAAAGAAGCCAAUGGAUAAUCGUCCUUUAGAGCCCAUUGAAGGGGAGCUGGACUUUGAGGAUGAUACACCAGCAGAUGAUCCUCUACAAUCUGGUGCAGAUGAGUGCUUGACAAAAGAGCACCUGGGAGACUCCCAUCAGUCAAAGGACGACAACUUGGAAGAAGGCGAAGCUGAAGAUGAUGGUGAAGUGUCCGAUGUCAGUGGUACGGAGCUGUCACCACAAGAUGAUGACCUCGAAGAAGGAGAACUCCAGGAUGGAACCACUUCAGGAAGUCGUAAGGCUCAGCCGCGACCCAUCUGCCGUUUUUUUAACAAGGGACAGUGCACAUGGGGCACUUCAUGUCGUUUCAUUCAUCCUGGUGUGAAUGACAGAGGGAACUAUAACAUGUUUGCUCCCCCGCCACAUCCCCCUAAGCCACCUGGAGGAGGAAUGCCUCCCAUUGCACCUGGAGCUAUGAUGCGAGGUGGUGCGGCGAUGGACAUCGGGCCCCCCUUGCCACCGCUUCCACCACCAUUGCCCGUGGACGAACUUCCCCCUGUGGAAUCUGCGUGGGAAAGGGGCCUACGUCAUGCCAAGGAGCUUAUGAAGAGAGCCUCGAGGAGAAAGGAACAGGAGCCGGAUUUUGAAGACAAGCGUCUCAACCUAGGCCUGUUGGAAUUGGAUAAGGAGAACACAGAGUACUAUUUGAGUGGUGGGGGAACUCAAUGUCCACAGCCACUUACCAGUCCCCCUUACCUCCACGAAAGAGGGGAGAGGGGGACUGGUCAUAGGAGAUACCACGGCGAAACUGAUGGGUUCUAUGGCUAUGAGGACACUGAACAGCUGGACCAUGCUGAGAGGGAAGCUAGAGAGUACUGGCGUGGUGGACGAGGCUAUGAAAACUUUGAGGUGCGAUGGAAUAGACCUGAAUUUGAACAUAGGGAACGGCGCGAAAAGGACCGACGUUUUGGCAGGUCAUAUGAGGGUAGGGAUAGCACAUACGGUAACUACGUCCAUAAUCAGUCAAGAGGGGACAGACAGCACAGCGUGGACAGAGAAAGGUGGCGAGAGGAACGCUUUUCAGAAGUGCAGCCAUCCUCACGGUCUCGACCUGAUGAAUGGAGGGAUCCGUGGAGGAGGUCGAAAACUCCAAAGGGUCGCCAGAGUCGGUCACGAGGCAGAAACCGUAGAUCAUUUUCGGGGUGUUCCUCACGGUCAUUUUCAUCUCGGACAUCUCGGUCAUCAUACAGCUAUUCACGGAGUUCAUCAUCCAGGAGUUCGUACUACAGUUCUGAAAGAGGCGAUACUUGUGCCAGACAAGAGGAGCAAGGAACAAAUCACCAUAAUGGUGUGUCCAAACGCGACUGGCACAGAGCGAUGCCGCUGACUCGUGGUCGGCAAAGCAAGUCAUACUCACGAGGUGGCACACGAUCACAGUCCCGCAGUCGCUCAAGGUCACGCUCACCUCUGGCUCCACCUGUUGGUUCUCGUUUCCGAAACGAUGCACCAAACCCUCCCCGAUACCCACCAGCCAGUCAGCCUCCUAAUAACACCAGCAGCAAACCUGCACGUCCUACGCGUGUGUCUCCUGUGCUGGAUCGUAGAAAACAUCAAGCCUCGCCCCCUGUCCCAGCUGCUACACCUCCAGCUCGCAGUGCUGUGAACAAGAAAGGCCCGUCUGAUACAACCAGACAAGCAAAGUCAAGAAGUGGGAGCUACACUGGCAGUUCUUCUGGCUCUCGUAGCAGGUCCAGCUCUUCAAGAACACCAUCAAGAUCACGGUCUCGUAGCUAUUCACAGAGCCGUAGUAUUAGUAUUGAUAGUGUUUCAUCAGCAUCAAGUUCUUCUGGAAGGAGGCCAGGUCGAGGAGGAGCUCCUGUGAUGGCAAGGAACCCAUCCCCACCCAAAAAAUCUGAGGCUAAGAAACGGCCAGCACCAUCAGCUCCUGUGUCAUCGUUACCUCUGGAUAUGGACAUUCCGCUUCCACCCAUCUACAGAGAUCCUGUUUCUUGCGUGCCUGAAAUAGUUCAGUGUGACAGCAAAGGAGACUCGCCACGGUUGAAAGAGUUGAUGAAGCAACAGCAGCAACUGCAGCAGCAGCAGCAGCUGCAGCUGCAGCAGCAACAGCAACAACAACAGAUUAUUCAACACAAGCCUCAGAUAAAGCUUACACUCAUCAAGAAGUCACUUCCCCUGUCAAUGGUUAAAAAGGAAGAGGCUCCUGCUCAGAAGAAUGGGGACAAAGUGUCACGGAAGAGGACGUCUCCAGAAAAGACUCCGGGGCCACCAAGUGACGAGUCCCCUCCACAGGGUGUUCGCAGGUCAACCACUCUACGUCGUGAAGAGUUACUCAAGCAGCUCAAGGCUGUGGAAGAUGCCAUCGCUCGCAAGAGAGCUAAAUUUAGCUAGCUAUUACCAUCAGUUUAUUUUUUGUGUACAUAAAAAGCUCUCAGUCCUGCUUUCUGUAUUUAGUGCUGCUGCCUAUCGUAUCCAAAAGUUGUCCACUUGAGAGCUAAUACACUGUUGCAAGAGACACGCACUGUCCAUGCAGACAUUCCAUAUGAAGGAAUGUUCUGUGAUAGCUCUAAAGGUAGACUUUUUGGCACGCAUCAUUGGUCAUUCGAGUGUGAGGGAAAUCCUGAACCUACAUUAAAAUUUUGUACAUGGGAACAUGA